GUUUGUUACAGCUGACCAAACUGACAACAACAGAUGGACAAGAGAAAAAGAGGAAAGAUGUCUGAUGAAGAAACUUUCGACAACACUUUUAAAAAAAUAAAAACAUUCUUUCAUCAAAAGACAGAAACAGUCACAGAGAGUGAAGCUGCAGGCCCAUCAGUUCCCACUGCAGCUGCUGCUCGGAGUGUGUGUGAAGAUCUCACAGUGAGAAAAAAGAAGAUCAAUGGGGAGUUGCAAAUCAUUGCAGAGAAAUACUCAUUGAAGCUUCCAACUGAUGUGAAGGUUGUUAAUGACUCUGUUCAUGGUCACAUUGAGCUGCACCCCCUGCUGGUGAAGAUCAUAGAUACGCCUCAGUUUCAGAGACUCCGACACAUCAAACAGCUGGGAGCGGGAUACUGGGUCUUUCCUGGGGCUUCACACAACCGCUUUGAGCACUCCAUUGGUGUGGCACAUUUAGCUGGAUGUCUGGUCAAGAGUCUGCAAGAGAAACAGCCGGAGCUGCAGAUUAACAAUCGAGAUGUUCUUUGUGUCCAAAUUGCUGGUCUGUGCCAUGACUUAGGUCAUGGUCCAUUCUCUCAUUUGUUUGAUCUGCUCUUCAUUCCUGCAGUCAAUUCUGAUCUCAAAUGGAAGCAUGAAGAAAACUCAGUUAAGAUGUUUAAGCACUUGGUAGAGGAAAACGGACUUCAGCAGGAGAUGGAAGCAUAUGGACUGAAAUUCGAAACUGAUCAAAAGGAAAAUGACCUUUCCUUUAUUGGGGAAUUAAUUGAGGGUGUGGAUAAAGACAAUAAAGACAAAGACAGAAACUCAAAGAAAGAGUGGACAGCGAAGGGCAGGACUGAGGACAAAGCUUUCCUGUAUGAGAUUGUGUCAAAUGAAAGGAACAAAAUUGAUGUGGACAAAUGGGACUAUUUUGAUCGAGACUGUCAUCAUCUUGGCAUUUCAAAGAGCUUUGACCAUCAGCGGCUGCUGAAGUUCGCUCGAGUGUGUGAAGUGAAGAUAAAUGGUGAUGAAAAAACGAGGCCAUCCAUCUGCUACAGGGACAAGGAAGCAGAUAAUAUUUUUGACAUGUUUCGCACCCGAUACACUCUGCAUCGCCAGGCCUACCAGCACAAGACUGUCAAUAUUAUUGAAAUCAUGAUUAAAGAAGCCCUAGUAAAAGCUGAUGGCCAUUUGCAGAUCUCUGAAGCGAUACAUGAUAUGAAAGAAUACACCAAACUCACAGAUCAUAUUCUUGAGAAAAUAUUGUAUCCUGAGUAUGAUCACAAAAAGAUACUUGAAAAUGCCCAAAGAGAUCUUAAAGAUGACCAAACAAACCCAGAUGAAGCCAAAAUAAUACUUGAAACUGCUGCAGAGAAACUCAGAAUGGGUGCAGAAAAACUUCAGAAAGCUGCAGAGAAAAUCCAAAAAGAUGUAAAGAAACUUGAAAAAGACAAAAACCCAGAGACAGCACGAGCAAUCCUUCAGGCUGCCAAAGAAAUCCUUCAGGAAGAAGAUCUUCAGCAUGCUAGAGAAAAAGUGAUAAAAAUUCUCAAAAGGGACCUGCCAAAGUUUCUGGGAGAGGCCAGACUGGAGAAAAGAGACGUCUCAAAGGUAAAGAGUGACUGGAGAGCAGCAGUGGAGAAAUGGAAUAAGAAAAAGAAACAAGAUCUGAACGUUGAGGAUUUUGUGGUUGAUGAGGUUCACAUAGAUCACGGCAUGAAGGCUAAAAACCCCAUGGACAGUGUCUAUUUCUACCGCAAGAGGGACCCUGACAAAGUCUUCCUGAUUACUGAUCAGAUGUUCCUGCCAAAAGAUUUUUAUGAAAAGCUGUUUAGAGUGUACUAUAAAGGCCCAGAAGAAAAGCUCAAGGAAGCUCAGCAGUGCUUUGAUGAGUGGAGCAGAGAAUAUUUUAAACCGAAGAACACAACCCAGUGAGAUCUCACAUCAGCUCAAGGGCAGCGAUCUCGUGAGGAGUACUGGUUAAGAGAAAGGUCAACAUUAAGGAUUUGUUUAGUGGGAUGGGGGGAACGUUAAUCCUAACAUUAUAAAACAUUACUCACACACUUCCUCAAAGUGUGGAUGUUUAUUUAUUUUUAAUCAGACAAGUUUUAUCAUCAUGGUCAUAUUAUUAACUUUCAUAGUCUACACUGUAAAACCCAACAAGUUAAGUUAGCUCAAACCAUUUGAGGAAACCGGUUGCCUUAAACCAUUUGUUUAAAAAACAAUAUUUAUGACCAUGAACAUAUUCGUCCACAGAGACUGCUUAAUUCUGAAUAAACCUAAUGACAGAUAGUAAAACAGAGUACAAAAAGUGGUGCAAUGAAAAAUCAUUGAUGAUCAUAUAAAAUCAUAAAAAUACCCAAAUCAAAGUAAACAAAAUUGCUAAACUAAAGUAGAGGGAGACUUUUGACCUUGGACAGACUUAAAGUGCUGUUAAUGAUGUUUUAGUUCACAAAUAUGGUAGAAUAUUUGGGCAAAAUAGCAGAUUUAUAUUAUAUGUACUUGCUAUUAUUAUUCACACAAUGUGGUGUUGAAGUCAGAUAGACACUAAUUAGUGAUUAACUGUAGAGGAUGGUGAAGGGUUGUGCUAUAACAAUAAAUACAGGUAACUGAUGGAUCAUUUAAUAUUAAAUCACUCCUUUAGUUGUGUGUGGUUUCUGAUUUUGAGAGAGAUUUUGGGGAUUUACAAAUUUUUGGGGAUUAAAUUGUAUACAAAGGUUUUCUAGAUCUAACCUUUGACCUUUAUUCAAUUCAGCUACAUAUUUCUUGUGUUAUUUCUGGAAAAAACAAGUUAUUUAUGAAAAAAAAAAAUCUUUUGUUUUUGUUUGUUGUCAUAAACUAAAAUAAAUAACUGUAUUGUGUUUACAGCAAUG